ACGAUCCAACGAAGGGGGCGUGUAGGAGGCGUCUCCAGCUCACCAUCCUCCUCACCCUACCCCUGUAAGAAGGCCACGCUUCGUCUCUGAACUCCGUUCUUUGCCGAUCGACUUAUCUCAGUUGACGAGUUUUUACGAAUCACCACGGGUUCCUUCGUGCACGUGUUGUCACGAUCUGUCGGCGGGAAGGUGAGAGGGAUACUCCAUCGAGGAAAUUGUGUGGGUUUCAGUUGGUUAGCAGUCAUGGCUGAGUUAGAACUGAAAAAUGACCUUCCAGAAGCCAAAAAACCCUUAAUUUCACCUAAGAUAGGUACACACAAUGGAACCUUUCACUGCGAUGAAGCCCUUGCUUGCUUUAUGCUGAAACAGCUUCCAGAGUAUAGACAUGCUGACAUUGUACGGACAAGAAAUCCGGAAGAGCUGGCAAAGUGUGAUGUUGUGGUAGAUGUUGGGGGUGUUUAUGAUCCAGAGAAACAUCGAUAUGACCAUCAUCAAAGGAGCUUUACAGAUUGUAUGAACACCCUUCGUCCAAGUAAGCCAUGGGUGACCAAACUUAGCAGUGCUGGGCUGGUUUAUCUUCAUUUUGGACAUCGGGUGGUCUCACAAGUGUUGAAGACUAAAGAAAAUGAUGCUGUGACCAAUGAGAUCUAUGACAAAAUCUACGAAAAGUUCAUUCAGGAAAUUGAUGCUAUUGACAAUGGGAUCAGUCAAAGUGAUGAUGAACCACGUUAUUGCAUCACAACAAACCUGAGCUCUCGUGUAUCACAUCUUAAUCCAUCCUGGAAUGAUCCAAAUCCAAAUGCUGAGCUACAAUUUCAAAAGGCUGUGAAUUUAGUUGGAGAGGAGCUGUUAAAUAGAAUUUGUUACUACAGGGAUGCAUGGCUUCCUGCAAGGAGUUUGGUUGAAGCAGCAAUAAUGAAAAGAAAAGAGGUUGAUCCAAGUGGAGAGAUCAUUGAGCUUCAGGAAAGGGGUUGUCCAUGGAAGGAACACUUGUUUGAAUUAGAGAAGGACUUAAACAUUGAUGUACCAAUAAAAUUUGCCAUAUACACAGACCAAAACAACAACUGGAGGGUGCAGUGUGUUUCCGUGCGUCCUGAUUCCUUUGUUAACAGACUUAGCUUGUUAGAGGAGUGGCGUGGAGUAAGAGAUGAACAGCUCAGUUCACUGAGUGGAAUAAAAGGCUGCAUAUUUGUUCAUGCCAGUGGUUUCAUUGGAGGAAAUGAGACAAGAGAAGGAGCUUUAGAAAUGGCAAGAAAGACUCUACAGCACCGAGACAGUUUUGCAAAUGGAAAGUGUUACUCUGAUUCAGAAUUAAUGCAAGUUGAAAGCAAAGAAAAUUAACUUCAGACUUCCAGAGUGCAUUGUAAAAAUUUGAUGUCAUCUGUGUAAUACUGUGCCAAUAGUGAUGUAUGUGGUGUUAAGAACAUAUCUUGCUGAGGAAAGUGUGAAAACAACCACUUAAAAAAAAUAUGUAUUUGCUAUGGAAUUGUGUGUUUCACUUAAAGAGAAACUUCCAUGAAGUUAGUCUGUGUGGCAGUUUUUAUUUAAAGAAAAAACUUUCUUAUCAACCUACUUCACAUAAAAUGUGUAUGUGAAUUCAUUUUCUUUAUUUAGAAAAAAAAAAAGACUUAGAAAAAUUUAAACUUACCCUUUUCCGCCCUAAGAGUGAUAAAUAUCUAAUUUCUCCCAACAGUAUCACCCAUGAAUCAAACAUUAAGAUAGAGAGAUUAAAGGAAAUGACUGCAAACUACACUUAGCUCUUGAUCAUUAUACAAAUUCUCUUUGUAACUACCACAGGAAAUGUAUAGAUAACAGUAUGGAGAACUUGCUUACUGAUGUUUGGUUGUAAAGAGUUAGAAUGAUAUUUAAAAAGAGGAAUAAGAAAAGCCUUUCUGUGGAACUUAAAACUAAGUAAGUAGUCAAGCGUUGGAUGUUGUCCCUGAGUAGCAUAGUGUUAUAAAGUCAGACAUGUAAAUCAAGCGAGGUCAGCUAUGCUAUGAUAAUUUAGUUUUCUGAGCUUUCACCCAUCUACGGCAUCAUCAGGGAAUGUAGGUGGAGUCUUCGAAGAUUCCAUCUACAUUCCAGCAAAAGCUCGGAAAACUAAAUUAUCAUAGCAUACCUGGCCUCACAUGAUUUACAUGUCUGACUUUCUGAGAAAUUAGUUUUUCAGUUGUUACAAUAUGGUUUGGAAGUAUGUUCAAGGAUAAUGUUUACUUGGAAGUUUUGGUAUCCAAUAA